AUGGUUAGGAUCAAGAAAAGUUCGGGCAUCACCGCCCUUCCUCUAUUUCUUUCCUUGGUUCAGCAAGCAUGCAGUCUUUCUUUGGUCGUGAACAAAGCGGGAGGUAAUGCUUCUAGCCCACUCCUGUACGGCUUCAUGUUCGAGGACAUCAAUCACUCCGGAGAUGGAGGUAUUCAUGGCCAGAUGUUGCAGAACCCUGGCCCCCAAGGGUCAUCGCCGAGCACCAGUGCAUGGACUGCUGUCGGCAAAGGCACGAUUUCUGUCAACAGUGAGAACCCACUGAGUUCGGCAAUCCCUCACUCGUUCAGGCUGGAUGUCGCGUCGGAUGCCACCGGGGCUUUCGAGAGCUCUUUCUGGGUAAAGGGUGACUACUCAGGCAAGUUCACAGUUUGCCUUGUUGGAAACAGCACCGGCACAGUAUAUGGCUCCAAGACUUUCACUAACAAGCCCAACUCGAAGACCUUCACGCAAGCAUCUGUGAAGUUCCCAAGCAAAAAGGCUCCAGACGGUCAUGUUGUGUACGAGCUCACCGUGGAUGGCAAGGCUGCUGCGGGCUCCUCUUUGUAUUUCGGUUAUAUAACUCUUUUUGGGAAAACAUAUAAGUCAAGGGAGAAUGGAUUACGCCCCCAGAUUGCCAAUUAUCUGGCGGAUGUCAAGAGUUCCUUCCUGAGAUUUCCCGGAGGAAACAAUCUAGAAGGAAACAGUGUGGAUAAUAGAUGGAAGUGGAAUGAAACGAUAGGUCCAUUGGAAGACCGUCCAGGACGCGAAGGGCUAGCAGAAUACUUCUACUGGUGUGAAGACCUGGGCCUCACGCCAGUUCUAGGCGUGUGGGCUGGAUUCGCUCUGGACUCAGGUGGUGGCACCCCUUUGACGGGCGACGCUUUGACUCCCUAUGUAGACGAUGUUCUUAAUGAACUUGAGUAUAUCCUAGGUGAUAAGAGCACCGCUUAUGGCGCCCUCCGUGCUUCCCACGGACAAGAUGAACCAUGGAGCCUCACAAUGGUCGAGAUCGGCAAUGAAGACAAUUUGGGUGGAGGAUGUGCCUCAUAUCCAGAGCGCUUCACAGCAUUCUAUGACGCUAUCCAUGCCAAAUACCCGGACCUGACGCUCAUCUCCAGCACGGCCGACUCGGGCUGCUUGCCGGAUGAAAUGCCUGGGGGCACCUGGGUGGAUCACCACAAUUAUAACACCCCUGACAACCUUGUAGCCCAGUUCAGUCAGUUCGACAACAUCAACCGUACUGUGGGCUGCUUUAUUGGCGAAUACUCGCGUUGGGAAAUCACAUGGCCCAACAUGAAAAGCUCAGCUGCAGAGGCCGUCUACAUGAUCGGCUUCGAGAGAAACAGUGAUCUGGUCAAGAUGGCAGCAUAUGCUCCAGUGUUACAGCUGGUAAAUUCCACCCAGUGGACGCCGGAUCUCAUUCCGUUCACCCAGGACCCUGACAUGGCCUGGGGAAGUACGAGUUAUUAUGUUCAGAAGCUGUUCUCCGAGAACCGCGGAAGCACCAUCAAGGAGGUGACCUCUGAUUCUGGCUUCGGUCCUGUGUACUGGGUGGCUUCGAACUCGGACGAUACAUACUAUGUCAAGCUGGCCAACUAUGGCGAGAAGUCCGAGAGCGUGAGCGUAACGGUACCGGGGGCGAAGGCUGGAUCACUUAGUCUUGUCUCAGACAGUGAUCCCGAUGCCGCGAACACCGAUCUAGAGCAAAAUUUGGUGGUUCCCUCCGUAAAUAAAGUGAAGUCCAGCAAUGGCACCUUCACAUUCACGAUGCCCGCAUGGGGUGUGGGCGUCCUUGCCGUCCAUUGAUAUCUUGGUCCUUUCUUUUGAAGAAGCGGGCUUUCUAACCUCUUAUUUCGUGACGCACUACAAUUGAAGAGCCCGUCGAGAUGCGAUCUGGUUAGAAUGUUAGGUUGGAAUGAGUGAAACAAAUAUGACAUUUUAUGCACGAAGGUUCAAUCAAC